AUGGUCGACCUUGAGUUGAUGUACACAAAACGUGAAAAAUUGUCACUCGACCGAAGAAAUCGCCUUCUUUGGGCAGCAAUCUCAUACUUUACUUGCUCUACCAAGAUCGGUAAGAUUUCAAAUAUUAUGAUCCCCAAACUCUCUACUCUGGGCCUGCUAGCCACCACAGCUGCCAUGGUUCGUGGCGCCUGCUCCUCCAAAAUCCGUGUAGAGACCCACAUCAACAGCGGCUUGUCUCUCGAUAUGGUCUCGUCGCUCAUUAUUGGCUCUCAAGCGGCUGUCGUGAUCGACAUGCCUAUGGCUAUUCCUCAAGCUGUAGAGCUCGCCGCCUGGGUCAAGAAUACUACAGACAAGCCUCUUGUUGCUGCCUUCACCACGCACUUUCAUCCCGACCAUUACCUCAGCGGUGCCGAGUUUCUCAAAAGCUUUCCCAAUACCAAGUACUACGCAAAUUCCAAAGCGGCGGCACAGAUUCGUGUGGAGGCUGCAAGCAAGGUUCAGGCAGUAGGCACAGCUUUUGGAGCCGACAACAUCGUGAAAGAGGUCGCAAUUCCUUCGCCGUACGACUUUACAUUCUUCACUCUGCCAGGGGAUGAGGCGUCCCCUAUCCACCUUCUUAGCCCCUUGACCGGCGACACUGUGGACGAGACUAUGUUCUGGGUGCCAUCAAUUCGCACCCUCGUUGCCGGCGACGCGGUUUAUGGUCACGAUGUACACCUUUGGCUUGCCGAUCUCUUGACGCCGGAGUUGACCAAAUCGUGGCUGUCUACGCUCGAUUCCAUUAAAGCACCCUCGGGGCCCAAGGGUCAAUCGUUUCCGGGGCCACUCGCUCUCGAAACAAGAAGUUCGGCCCAACCGUUUGAUUUGGAUUUCACCCGCAAAUACUCUCCCGAUUCUGGCAGAAGCAGAUCGGAUUCAAAAGGACCCAGGCACGUUUCACGCCACAGCAGAUUUUCGAAAAAGUUUCAAUGCUAG